AUGAUCUGGAUCUUUCUUGGCAUUCUGUUAACCGUGGUUGGUUGCACAGCCACCACAUCUAUUUCCUGUCGGAAUGAACAAGGACAAGCCGUUGACUGGUACAUUUUAUACAAGCAACCCAACAUCGAUGGCAAAAAUGGACUGAGGUAUCUCUACAUGGAUGAGACCACCAAUGGCUGGGUCCCAGGCCAGUACACCAUUGAUGAUAAACAAAGUGCCGUGGCUCAAACACUAAAGCCUUUAUUUGAUAACAUCGACACAGAAACUGACACUUUUGGAUACAUACUGUACAAUGAUCAACCACCAGUGCCUUACAGAACAGCCUCCUCUUCUUAUGGACACAGCAAAGGUGUUGUUCUGCUUGACAAACAUACUGGCAUUUGGUUGUCACACAGUACCCCGGAUUUCCCCGGAGUUGACAUCAACUCUUUCUGGCCACAGAGCGGCUACCACAAUGGACAAUCCUUUAUCUGUGGAACAUACAAAUACUCUACUUUCAAGGACAUUGCAAUCCAGCUCGAGUACAUUCAUGUGAAUCCGUUUAACUCCCACAUCCCUGAGUCCUUCUACCCUGAGCUCCAGUGUGUGGCCAAUAAAGGCUGCUAUCCCAAAGAGGCGCCCUACUAUCGACAGCUCGACAUGACGACCCUAGCAGGACACAAGUUUGUCAGCUAUGCCAAAUAUGGCAGACUCCAUGAUGAUCUGUUCUCUGCUGUGCUUGAUAAACACAUGGGGGGUGACUUCUACGCCAAGAGCUGGGGUAGACUUCGCCACCCACUGCCUUCCAACUGUUCCGUCCCUAACAUCGUGUACAACGUGGAGCAAGUGCAGCUUCCGACCACCGAGCCCUUCAGCAUCACCGUGGACCACUCAAAGUGGAGCGUGACGGUGGACGAGUCCUCCAGGCCGUGGACCUGCAUCGCCGACAUGAACCGAGAAGUUAGUCAGGAGAGCAGAGGCGGGGGGGCAGUGUGCACAGACAACCCUGCUGUGUGGAGCGCCUUCUCUAGCAUCGUGUUCAGCUAUGAGCCAUGCCCUAACUGA